AUGGACAAACAGGAUUGGCAAGCAGAGAGGAGACAACCUAAAAGCAGCAUGGUCGAUCAACAUUGGGCUCCACCCGAAGAGCAGAAUUGGAAAGCUUCCAAUGCUUCAUCGACCAAAGGGCAGAAACCGUUGAAAAUACCCAAAGUUAAAGAACCAAAAGAUUCUAAAGAUUUCAAAAACGCCAAGCCGAUAGAUAAGUUGAAAAUGAAACUGAUUUCCAUAAACGAUCGAGUGUGUGAGAUCGUAUCCAAAGGAAAACAAUUUCAUAAUAAGCUGCGAACGAAUAAGGUCGCACCCAUCCAUACGAAGGUUCAAUCGAGACACUUGGAACUUGAACCUCUCUGUUGUCUUUCGUCAUGCCUAGUCCGAGCGGGUUGUAUGACAGUUGUUGUGUUUGAGUUUGUCUUUGUUGUAAGCACGUUGCUCAGCAUACUGAGUGCUAUGUCGCGUGGUGGUUUUACAUUUUGGGAGCCAAUACCUAAUACGGUUAAUGGAUGGUUUGGUCAUCAUAUCUUUUUUUAUGCAAUUGCUGCUUAUGAUGUGGUUCUUGUUAUGUUAGCUUUGCUUCUUCUACGCGGAAUACUUUAUUUCAAUAAGAGACUGGUAUACAUACACUAUGUGUCCUGCUUCUUUUCAUUGGCAGUCAAUAUGAUAUUCUUAGCCUUUACUGUAUGGGCAUUGUGUACACCUGGCGAACAACGUUUUUCAUUUAUUAACUGUUUGCUGCUUAUAGCUUUCAGUUGUCAAGUUCCAUUGCAAAUAUGGGCUAUCAGUGUUGUCAAGAGUUGUCAUGAUUUCUUUGGCUUAAUUCAUGUGUUUGUCUCAUUAGCUGAAUCAUAA